GGUGGGGGUGGUGGAGAAUAAUAACUUUUAUGGGUGCGCCCUCCCGCUAUUAAUUGGUGCUAAAGGAAAAAAGAAAAUUUAAGCUGAAUUAAUAGGGGAGACCAACUCAGUUGUCAGUUGAUCAAAGCCGUGUGUGCUUCUAUUUACAUAAUUUAUGGUAAAAAUAAAUUGCGGUAAAUAACACAGGGUCACAACAGCGUGCGAAAGAGUUGUGUCACACAAGUGCUGAAAAAAAAAGUGAAAAACAGCAACAAAAAGCGAAGAAUUUUCGGUGAGUGAGUGAAAUUCACAACUGACGAGGAGGAGGAAGAAGAAAACAGACAACAUGUGUCAAGAUCGAGUAAUUAAGCUGCUGAUAUUUGGCUUUAUCGUUGGACUGGUGCUGCCGGAAUGUCACGCUUCUCCACAUCCGGCCAGCAGCAUAUCCAAAGAGCGACCGGGUGACGAUUACGAGUACGACGACGAGGAUGAGCCGUCGCGGGAGGCUAGGCCCGAGAAUGACAUCAACGGAGGUGGUCCGUCGAGGACGCAGCUGCUGACCAAGAACCACACCGUCGAGGCCGAGCUGGACGCAACGGUGACGCUUCCGUGUCGGAUACAGAACCCUGAGCCUAACACGAUUAUCAUGUGGUACAACAUGUCCUCGCUGCUGUUUAUGAGGAACAACAGCUUCACCCAGGAUCCGAGAGUUUCGCUGGAGCAGGACAACGCCGUCCGGAUCCAGAACGUGCUGGCCAGUGACGAUUCGAUUUACAAGUGCACCGUACUGCCCAUCAAGAAGUCCGUCUUCAUCACGCUGAAAGUGAAGGGCCCACCAUACAACAUCCGCAUCACGCACGGCAACAAGAACUACGCCAAUCAAGAGUUGGAACUGCAAGAACGCGAUCGCAAGUUCAUCCUGCACUGUGAAGCUUCGGGCUAUCCGACGCCGGCGGUCACGUGGUCGUUCCGAGGAAAGCACCUGACCGAGGACUACGCCAAGCACUCCGGAAUCACCGUCCGCAAGGAAUUUCUCGAAAUCCACGACGUAAAGGGACACCACUCGGGAGACUUUGAGUGCUCGGCCCAGAACGUGAUUGGAACCAUCAGUGCCGUCGUUGCCGUGCAGAUCAAGUCGAGUCCGAUGAUCGUGAAGCACGUCGAGUACAUCAACACCGCGAUCGGGGAGAACACCGAGGUGGUGUGUCUGUACCGAAGCUACCCGGAGGCCCGCAAGAUCCAGUGGUACCGUGGGGACGAGCUGCUGCACAACUCGGCCAAGUUCACGAUCGUCAACGACCGGCACAACCACCACGAGCGCACCCGGCUGUCCAUCCAUGACGUCGAGCAGAAGGACCUGGUGGAUUAUGUGUGCAAGGUUGAGAACGCCCUCGGCGAGUCCUCGGCCAAGUCCAUCCUCGGUCUGCUGCCGGGCGGCGCCCACCUGGUGCACUCCAACUUCUCCGACGGUCUGCUGCACACCAUGUGGCGGGUACGAAGCGCUCAGCCGCUGUCCGACCUACAGAUCCUGUACAAGCGCACCGAGGGGCCCAAGUACAUCACCAUCGAGCCAACCCUUUCCGAACAGAACAAGGAGGAACCCGGAGAUGUUUGGAGCAUUCGUCGCUCGCUGAACCUCCCACCCGGCGAGUGGCUGAUCACGGCCCGUGCCCGCAACACCGAGGGCUGGUCGUACGCCGAAACGGUCCCGUUCAUGUUCCAGAUCCCGAGCGAGGUUUCGCUGGAGAGCCAACGGGGCACCGGCGCUGGUGCCACUGCGCGGUCGUCCCUGGCGAUGGGUUUCAGCUUGCUGCUCGUUUCGCUGCUCUGUAGGCUAUUCUAAGUUAUGAAAGAAAGAAAAAUGUGAAACGGAAGAAAAACCAACGUGGUGCAAAAAGUUGCUAGCUGAAUGUGCUAUUUUUAUCAAUUUAGUUUGAAAAAAGUGAGAGAAGAAACAAGAGUUGAAGCGAUUGUUUUUGACGCGCGAAAGAAAUUAUUUGUUGAGAAGAGAAAAACUAAAGAUCUGCUAAGUUGUAAGAGUCAGGAAACUCGGUCUCGCGUGCAUAUUGUAAUAGUGUAAAAAUAUAGCUAAAUGAGCAAAAAAAUUAACAGGAAAAUGCCUUGUAAUAUUUCACCAAAAAUUAUAACAAAACAAAAUCAACACAAGAAUUAAACGUAUUAAUAUGAAUGUUACCUUCAUCAGGUGCAAAUUAGAUAACAAUCUGGUUUUAAAUCGUCCACGCUUUCCACUAUUAGUAAUCGAUAAUGGGGUGUUGCAAAUAGCACGGGAUUGGAAAAAUUACUAAAGCUUUUUGUAACACCGCGUCCACAAUAGACAACAGUUGCUAAGCACUUUUAAAUCUAUCAAUUCCGAAUUAUAAAAUCCGAUAGCAAAUCCACGUACACACUGUAAAUGUAAACUUAUCUUAAUAAAUUACUCCGAUGGUACGCUAUUAAAUGAAGAUACACACGCAGGCAGCAAUCGCGCAGAAGGAACCAAAUAAAAACGCUUAAACGUUUAAUUUUAUGUUAAUAAUUAUUUCUUGUUGUAAUUUUCUUUACGAGAGCCGCAAAUAGAAAAUGGACAGAUCGCGGAUACCAAUUCCAUCCUUCUUUUAUUUUAUUUCGUUUAUACUUUUUGUUUUCAACAACUUAAGUUUUCACAACAACAAAAAUCAAAUCCCGCUUUCCCUAUAAUCUGUAAACAUUGUUUAAGUUAUGUCCAUCUAGUUUCUAAAACGAUUUCCAUCUUUGUGUAUAGUAUGAAUCAAAACAACUAGAAUAUACUUUAUAAUAGUGCUCGUACUAAUGGUUAGUCUUAUAGAAUAAAUAACAAUCAAUAGGAAACCUACUUAACGUGUAAGAUCCUGAAAUGAUAUCAGAGAACAAAACAAACUUAUUAAAAUCGAUAGAAUGACACACAUACAAAGGUAAAUACUACAUUAGGGUAGCUAGCAGAAUCAAGGUAAAUUUAAACAAAAGCAGCACACCCCAAAACUCAAUUGGAGACGCCAUAAUAUUUAUAAAAAAAAAAUAGUCACAUACUGCAUCCCUUUCUCAAUAGUUAUUGUCUUUUUACGUUAAGCGAGAGAGUAAAUUAUAAAACAAAAAAAAAACCCUCUCCGAAAAACUCUCUGAAAACUUGAAAAGUGUUCAACAAACUGCAAACUUCGGUUGAAUGUGUGUUUUCUGUUUCUGAAAGAAGAUAAAUUAUGUUGGAUGAUCGAGAGGUUAAUCAAAGUGACCCCAUCUUGUAGGUAUUUUAGGACUUGUAGUGUGUAAAUGAAAAAUAUCGACGGAAACGAGUUUGAGGAUGAGACAAAAGUGCAGCGCAGUUGCAAGAAAUAAAAUUUGAGAAUGAAACAGAAAAAA